AUGUCGAUAACUAGGGUUUACAGUACUGAUGAACACCCGGCCAUUCCUGCUCCCGCCGCCGCCGCCGCCAUCCUCCGCCCCGCCAUCACCGGAAACCGCCCUAAACCCAUUAAACGCCGCCAGCAUGCUCAACUGCCCGUUGGCUGCCGCUCCGCCACCUCCCCUGCCCGCAACCUGCGGCUGCCCCGCCAAGAAAGCCACCGCCGGUGCCUGAAAAUUCAUAAAAUGCAGCCCCCCGCCGGAGCUCCACCCGGACAUCUCUCCGCCGCCGCCGCUGCCGCCGCCCAUCACCUGCAGAAACGCCGUCGCCGGGGUCUGCCCCUGUGUCGUCGGAAUCGAACCCGCCGUGGACUGCACCAUAUACCCGCCCCCCAUCUGGGCCGAGAGAUCCUCCUCCGGCCGCCGCUCCCGCUUGGCGGCCUCGCCGGAAAAGCUGAGCAGAUUCUCAUGGUAACUUCCAUCAACUACGCCUCUCUCCUCCCCCCUCCCCCCGCUCUCUCUUCUUCACACACGGCACUCUCUCUAUCUUCUUCGCAUAAGUCCGCCGCCAUGUCUGGCUUCUCCGUCAAGUACGUCCCUUUCAACGCCGUCCUCCACCGAGUCCUACUCCCUCGACGAGAUCGUCUACCGAGCCAUCCUCGCGGAAGACGUUCGACAGUAUAUUAUCAGUAUAUUUUCGGUAUAUUCUGCCGUUAA